ACUAGUUCCAAUUGCAUUUUGUGCGUUGUUUUUCUUUUCGGGGGUGUGACGUUUUUAUUGUUGUUUUCGUGCUAUUGUGAGAUAAACCAAACAAUUGUCGGGUUAAAUACGCACUGAUAGGUGCUUCGGGGCGCAGUUCGAACACUGUAAGCCGAUUCCAAACAAAGCUUGCGCCGGCAAAACAUCAAAAUGCAGGUGGAUCCAACCGACGUCGGUUGUGACGUCACGCUUCGCCAGCAUGAGAAAUACAAAAGCAAUGGGAUUUUCUCGGCGGCAGUCAGAAGUAAAAAAAUCGGGCAACCGAACGGACCGAAAUACACCUCCACGCCGAAGACCUCUCAUCCGAAACUUGAGCACUACGUGGGCGUAGCUGAACCCACGAAAAAGGGGCAAGUGGGCGUGGUGACCGCCCUCGAUCCGCUGAUCAAAAAGGUGGCCCUUCUCUUUGGGAUUCUUAUCAUUGGCUACAAAAGCGUCAUCCUAACCAUGCCAUACAUCACGGGCGAUUCCAUCCAGGUGUUGAGCCACCAGGUGCAGAGUAGGUGGAACGAGACCUUGGUGUGGGCCACCAGGCACCAGCUGGGCUCCAGGCUGAGUCCCCUGCUGUGUGGCCUUCUCGUGGCCGCUUUCGCGUACGGAAUCGUGUACUUGGACAGCGCGGUGCCCGGCGUCAAUCCGCCCUCGCCCUUUUCGCCGCGUUCCAAGAAACGUUUCCGCGAGGAGAAGACCGCCUCGCUGCACUUGGGCUACUUGUGCGCCCUGUUCUGCGGAUUUCUGGUCACGGUGUUCAUGUACUUUGAUUUGUACUCGUAGAACUGGAACCCAUUUCCUUCCAAUUAGUUAAAUAAGUUCACCAGUAUUAGAGUUUAUACGCCUACUUUGGAAAUUGUAUUUAUUGUAGUCCUUGUAACUGUGCAAUGCUCCUGGAGAGAAUCGUCAGGGGGCAUUUGGAAGCUAACUUAGUUCCUAGGUAUAUCAAUUAUAAGUUACUUACAAACUCCAUAAAUUAUUCAUGAUUUGUAAACUACAAAAGUACAAAAUGAAACAUUUCACUGUUGAUUAGAGGCCAGGAUCGAAGAGCUUAAGCUAGCAUAAACCUUAUGGAAAGUACACUAUCGCCUGGCCUAAAAAUCUCAAGAAAACUGUAUAUUACCAUAUUCUUAAAAAAAUAAAUUACUUGCGCACAGUGUUUUGCAAUAGAA